GAGAAGAGAAAAUUUUUUGGAUCUCUCCGCGAUGUCGUGAAUGACGACAUCAAAAAUACGUAGAGGUAGACUGAUCACACUAAUUUGAAACGACAAGAAGUGACUCCUGUUUUAGUGUUUUUAUCGUAAAUUCUUGGCCACAACAAUCUUGAAUACAUCCUCUGCAGCAGUCUUUUUUGCGUGUUUCCCUUUCGUCCCACCUCUUCGUGUCAUUUUUUCCUCCAUCCAUCGCUUUCAUCAUCUAUCUUCAUUUGAUUUCAGUAACACCUGUGAUGUGUCGCACAUAAUCCAUCGUGAUUCUAGAGGAACAAGGUUGUUCUCGUUUCCUCGAUUUGCUGUUUUCUUAAGUCUUCUGUAGUCCUUAAUACCAGCACCAACAAAACAAGAUGUCAGAUGUUACGGGUUUUUUCCAGCGUGCCCAGACCUUCUCGACUUUCGAGGAGAGUCGGCGCAUGGAAGAUAUCGAGAUCGAGGUGUCAGACACAGGCGGCGGCCAUGCUGUAAUGGAAUCCUUUGAGUCCCGAUUCUGGGAGAAGAAUCAGGUUGGGACAGGCGUGAAGGCGGCGCUCGAUCCUGGUGCGGAGGCAAAAGCCGACGACGGCGAUCACGGUGCUGGAGGAGCAGGAGCGGAUCAUCUCGCGGGCAGUGCCGGGGCUGCGGCUGGAACACUUGCGGGGAGCGGAACGGUCCCACCAGGCGGAACGACACUCGCUGCCGGCAGCAGCUUAGCGGCAGAACAGGACUUGCUUCUCGAGCGAAGAUUUGCGAGACAGCCAACGCUAGCGGAAGUGAAGCGGGACGCAAAACGACAAGCGGCAGUAGACAGCGCCUUAAUGCGAGGCGGCGCUGAUGGUGACGAAGCAAGGAUGAUGGCGAAACGAGUGAAGAUCUCGAACAUGACGGAGGCAGAUAGUGUCCUUCGGGAAACCAAGCUGAUCACGUACUUCUGCAAGUUUUGCGGCGAGUGGGUGCUCAUCACCGACGCAGGCAAACUAGCGCGCAUGCCGGUGCGUAGCUUCGACUCUGCAACCAUAUUAGAGGAAACCCGGUUUCUCUGCAGGCUAAACGCGAACGGAGCAAAGCGGAAAACGAUAGUCCUCAAGAAAAAUGCGCAGGGGGUAGUAGACAACUCAUGUGCAGAGCAGCAAUACCGCUUCCAAUGCAAAGGUUGUGGUAGUCUCGUAGGCUACAGGCAAGAGCCGCUUGGGGAGACAGCAAUGGCGACCUACCUGUACCAAGACACUCUAGUAGAGAAGCAAACCAUGGCGCUCAAAUUUGUCAACAAAAUAAACAUCUGAUGUGCUACUUCUGGCAAUAAAACACAGAAUGUACUAGUUAAUCUUUUUUGGCAUUUUUGAGUAGCUACAAUUUGCUCUACUCUGCCAUAUGGCUUACUCAAAUUCAGACGAGACUUUUCCCCUUUCCCCAUACACUACACGGACUGAAAUCGCUCUUCAUCGAGAACGAGUGAAUAUCCAUAAUGUGAUGGCCGUUUACCUGCGU